AUGUACAGGAUGAUCCAUCAGACUGAGUACAAGCUGGUGACAGAGCAGGUGAUGGGAUGCUGCUCUGGCUAUGUGCAAGUUGGUCGUUACUGUGCCCUGCCUGUAAACAGGAGUGGUGAGUUUAGUUCCAAGCCAGGAUCCUGUCCAACUGCAGAUGGAUUGCAUCCCAGUUCUGAGGAGUGUGACUUGGAUAUAGACUGUCCAGGCUGGCAAAAAUGCUGCCAGAGAUCUCACCACUCUUCCUGCAGUGAUCCAGCAACAAAUUACUCUGAGAAUGGAGGAAACCGUUUGAAUGCAACAGUGACAGUGAAGACAGACUACCAGCAACUGAUGUCCAAGAAUGAAGGGCUUCUGAAUCACACAAGGCUGCUGCAAGCAAUGGUGACUGGAGCUCUGCAGUCUGAUGUUUCUGUCUAUUAUCUCAGCACAUGGCCUGUGCAUCCCUACAGAACUGCCACCUCUCUGCUGAUUGAGUGUAACUUCACUCUCUCGUUGUACAACGUCACAUCGAAGCUGCAUCGCCUUCUCGAACGCAUAGAGGAAGUGUCUUCAAUAACAGUGCAAGAUGUAGACGAGUGUGCACAUUCUGCUCUUCGGCAGUGCUCGCUUUGGGCCGACUGCAACAACACAGUGGGUUCUUAUGAGUGCGUCUGCCACCAAGGUUACAUUGAUGUUGACCCGAGCAACCCUGGAGCCCACUGUUCAGCUGACACUGGAGUGUGGCCCACCGCCCUGACCAGCCCUGCAUUGAUGAACACAACCUAUCCCCCUGCUUCCAGUCGCACACAAGGCCCUCCUGAAUACAACACAACAGAUUUCUUCACAUCCACUGAGAUCAGCGUGACUGCGGCUCCGAGUAAUACGACCUCUGUCUCUUGGAAUUCAUCACAAGCUUCGCUGUGGACGAGUUCUGCAUCUCACAGCCAAAUGAAUACAGCUGUGGAGUCAGCUCAUCCAGCGACAACAUGCUCUCCCCCCAGCAUCGGCAGCUUAUGGUCCACUAAUGUUACUGGAACGUCCUUCUCUGUCUGCUGGUCCAAUCAUGCCGAGACAAAACAGACUUACCUGGUUGUUCUAAGGAACGGGUCAGAGGUCAUUCAGACUCAGAAAAUCAGUGAUACCACGAUAGAGGUGAGCGGACUGAAGCCUGGACUGCUCUACAAUGUUACCGUCACACCUCGUGCCUGCGGAAAUCAAGGAGCCCCUCUUCACAUCUCAGUAAAAACCUACGCUCAGACUCUCGAUGCCACAACACGACUUACCAACAUAAAGUUCACAGCUGACCUCCAGAACACCAGCAGUCAGGCCUACAAAACCCUCAGUGAGAGUAUAACAGAAGAGAUCUACCAGUCUGUGUCUCCAGAGGUGAAAGCCAUGGUGGAUUCAGGCCAGGUCAGGAUCGAGAUCAGAAACUUUUCCCCGGGGAGCGUGAUGGUCAACUUCACCAUAGUGUUUAUCCCAAGUCAAAGCCUGGACAUAAGCAAUGUGUCCACAGCAGUUCUGCAGUCCCUGACGAACAGCUCGACAUACACAGUAGAUCAAAACAGCACAAGUCUAAAUGAUUUUAAUGAAUGUGCUUCGGGGGAAAAUGAUUGUUCCCAGUCGGCCACAUGUAACAACACCUGGGGCUCCUAUACAUGUGUUUGCCUGUUCGGGUUUACUGACAACGACCCAGAGAGACCUGGACGGGUCUGCCAAGCACCUACAACCUUAGAAACAGCGGCACCGCCCCUGACGACAGCUGUAACCACUUCAACUACUGCUCCAGAAAUAACCACAGACAGUAUAUCAACAAGUCACAUGGUUUUCACAACAAUCUCAACUGUUGCUCAAGCUUCCACCAUCACUACCCCGACAACCAGUACUUCCCUAACAGCCAUCCCCGCCUCUACAAUUGCCACAACAACUGCUACCAGCUCAACAAAAAGUACCACUGCUCUGGGAUCUGCCACCGACGACUCUAUCCAAGAAGCCCUCUCAGUCCAUUGCAGACUUGCGGCCAUCACUGUGACUGUCACUAAGAAUUUUCUUCUGAGCUCCAUGAUCCAGGAGAGUGCACUUUACUUGGGCACGGUGGGCUGUGGCAUCAAUGGCGGCAAUGACACGCACGUGGAGCUGACCGUGGCCUGGAAUGAGUGCGACACUAAACUUGUGCAAAAUGAAACCCACUACAUAGCCUCUGUAAACCUGCUUAACACUAUGGAUCCAUACACUUCACCAACGGGAGCAACAGAGGUGCCCAGAAAACAGCUGGAAGUCCCAAUCAUGUGUACCUACAUGAAGAGCAUGCUUAUUUCUGCAGACCUUAGCCCCAUGGGGUAUGACAUAAUUAAAAUCACAGGAUCGGGGUCAUUGCAGAUGAGCGUGCAUCUGUUGGACAGUGCAGUGCCUCUGCCCUACAACUACAGCCUGUCCCGUGAGCAGCCCGUGGUAGUGGAGGUCAGACUCAACACCUCUUCAGAUCACAUUAAAGUAGUCAUCAGCAAGUGCUGGUGCACUCCCACCCCAAACCCCGUAGACGCCUACAGCCAUGUCUUCCUGGAGAAAAGCUGUUCCCUGAAUGCAUUCACCAAAGUGAUGAUGAACGGGAACUCCAGCACGUCCCGUCUGUCCGUGCAGAUCUUCUCCUUUGUCAACCUGAAGGUGAUCUAUGUGCACUGCAAGGUUCAGAUCUGCCUGCAGACUGAGUCGAAUAGCUGCGUGCCAGACUGUCACCAGAGAACAGCUCGAUCUGUAAAUGCACUUGGAACAAGGUUCGGUUCAGCUGAGCCUCUGAUGAAUUCAGAUGAAGAGCCCUUGGAUAAGGAGCUGAGCACUCUAAAUGUAGUUGGGCUUUCCAUUCUGGGAAUUUGCUUGUCGCUCUUCUUCAUCUGUUCCCUCGCCUGCCUCUUCUACUGCCAGAGGAACCGCAUCGGACACUACAAUUUUAACGUCAAACCCAAAGAGGAGAAGUUCACCUACCUUGCCUAUAACACCUAAUGACAGCCCCUGCACCCACAGGCACACAAUUAGAAGAGAUUAGACGUGCUGUCGCUGCUUUUACACCACACCUGCCACCAUGUGUCACUGUUGCACCAUUCACCCUUUAUCGUGUACAUGAAACUAUUAUGUACAGUUUGAAUUUAAAUUCUACCUGCACCUUCUUUGUAUAAUUAAGAUAUUCAAACGAUAGAGUGGUUGUAUACAGCGAUGUCAAAUGUAGAAACUAUCAAUAUUUCAUGCAUGACAUAUUUAAUGACUGCAGAGAAUCAGAUACCAAGUAACUAUGCAAGUGUUGGUCUCUGUAUCCUAUUCUUAUAGUCAAACGUGUU